UGACCCUUGGUAAACACGUGACUCUGACAACAGACGACCUCUCUGUGCUAGCUAGAGGAAGCUAACCGGGGGGUGGGCUCGAUGCUAGCACUUCCAGAUUGCAGUUAACGUUUCUCACCGUCAUGGACCAGACUAAACAAGAGGAGGAAUAUGGCUACGACUUAUUCCCGGAGAGGAACAGCCCGAAGUACAAGAAGGGAUCCUUCGCGGAGAAUCUGUUCACGUUCAACCACAAGUGUCAGAUCAUGUUGCAGGUCGCGACGGACACCAGUCCUUAUGCCAAACUCCUCCUCAGUGCCAUGAAAAGCUCCGGAUGCAAAAUAUUUAAAGGCCGACAUUUUUCCUGUGAAGACUGUGACGGGACCGUCAGCGGAGGCUUCGAUGCAGCUUCUUCUCAAAUCGUUUUAUGCCAGAACAACAUCCACCAGCAGUCCCACAUGACCCGAGUGGUCACGCAUGAGCUCAUCCACGCCUUCGAUCACUGCCGGGCCCACGUGGACUGGUUCAACAACUACAGACACCUCGCUUGUUCUGAGAUCCGGGCAGCUAACCUCAGUGGCGACUGCUCCUUUAGCAACGAAGUAGCCAGAUUAAACUUCGGCUUGAAGGAGCAUCAUCAGGAAUGCGUCAGAGGCCGCGCCCUCCGCUCCAUCCUGGCUGUGAGGAAAAUUAGCCGAGUGGAGGCGGAGAAAAUAGUGGACGAGGUCUUCGACACGUGCUUCAACGACCACGCGCCCUUUGGACGAAUCCCGCACAGCAACAAGGACGCCAAGUUUGCCAACAGAGAAUACGAGAGCAGAGAUCGAUACCACGCGAACCUAUAGUGCUGUGACUUUUCUCAUGUCAGUCCCGAGGCUGCUGGGGCUGCCGGCAAAGCUGGACAGCAUCUGGGCCUUGGUCGGUGCGAUCGCCUCCGCAGAUUGACUUUGUUUUGUAAACGAUCAUAUCCUUUAAAAAAAAGGAUUUCCAGAGAAUGAUUCGUCCUUGGAAAAUUAAAGCAAAAGGAAGGAGCUUCGGUACUUUUCAUUUCCUAGCCUACGGACGCUAACUCUGUAAAAAGGGAUUCCAAGGACUGGUUCGGCUCUGCAAGUCAAGUAUUGAUUGAGGCACCGGUGGGUUUUUUUUUUGUCAUUAGAUUUAAGAUGAUAAUUCGGUGCUUUCAAGGAAAAUCCAAGGUUUUCCUUUUCGUCCAUCGAUGUUUGCUGUGAAAUCCUUUGAUGACACGAAAGGAUGUACAGUGUUUCUGUUGUUGCAAUCUUCCACUUACUUCUUGUCAAUAGAGCAGGUAAUGCAUGAAUUAAAUGUAUUAGAAUUAAAGUUUGAUUCCACUGAAAAAGUAUGUUUCACCCAUUAUUGUAAUAAGUGGGUUUUUCCAAGUUAUAUCUUUAGGACAAGACCACCCCUCUCGUUGAGUUCGACCUUGGCGCAGAAAAAGGAGAAAGGAUUAGUGAGUAAAUUGCAAAUUAUAACACAUCUAUGUUUAAUCCUGUUAGAGGAUCCUUCAAGUUCCUCCACAACAACAUGGACAACUUUGUUCACAUCUGCUUCACCACAGUAAAAUGUCAUUGCCGACAUCUUUAUUGGACAUUAGCAUUUUCAAGAAUCUCGUAUCGCUUCGCCGAGAUUAAUGAGGGAAGGCGUUUUGAGGGAAUUAGCCUCAUAAUCCUCCCUUUCCCUCCUCUGUCUCCGCCUCCUCCACUUCUGCUUAUCUGAAAGACAACAGCCUCUGCAUCGUAAUCACAAAGUCACUCAGCGCAUCUGCCGGCGUAGUGUUAAUAUGCCACUUAUAUUAAUAUUCUCCUCUGGAAGAACAGUGCAAAAUCAAAAAAAGAGCGUGGGCUCCAAACAACAAGGCGGGUUGGUGGGAUGGGAUGAGCGGACAAGAUUAAGUAACUUCUAGAAGCUUAACAGAGGAAAUGAUGAGACCGUCUUCAAGGCGGUGGGACUAAUGGGAGACUAACACGAGGACAACAGAAGGAA